GUGAGGGUAACGACAAUUGAUAACACUGUGGCGGUUGCGGAUAUGAAGAAGCCACUUGGUAAUAUGGUUGGGUCGUCAUGGGAGGAGGUAGUUGGUAUAAUUGUUGUUGCAGUAGUGGUUGUUGAUAAAUUUGGUAUUGGAGUAGCGGAGGCGGUGGAACUUGCGCCUGAGAAAUCUCCAUGUUCUCUUAUUCCUGAUAUAAAAUAUUCAAAGACACGAAUAUUAUCGUGUUUGCGAAUGCAAAAUCACCCUGUGCAAUGUCCGUCUUGCCACCUCAUAUUGAAUCAACUCUUAUUAAAAGAUUCCGCUCUUAUCCAAUACCAGAAUGUUGCCACCGUGAAAGACAACCUCAUUAUGACACAAAGGGAAUUAAUUUAUAACCUGAUGAGAUUUGUUGGCUGUGACAUUAAAGGAAAUUCCAAUAUUUAUUCUACAGCAGAAAGUUUUGCUCGUAAGGAAGUUGACUUCGUAAAAUCCGUCAAUCGAAUGGUUGGCGGUACCGGUUGGCAAGGUUAG